AUGAAAUCAGCUUACUGGCUUGGUCGGAGAGAGAACCCACCUACUAGUCAAGAUGUGUCUAGGGGAGAAAUUUGGAAAACCAAGAUUCAUGAGAGACUAAAAAUGCAUUUAUGGAGGAUUGCAGCAAAUUGUCUCCCUACUAAAUCCUUUUUGGCUAAAUAUAUAAAUAUUGGAGACAGGUCCUACUCAUUAUGUGGCAUGGAAGAAGAGACUAGUCUCCAUUUAUUUGUUAUGUGCCCAUUAACUAAAGCUAUUUGGUUCAACAGCCAUUGGGGGUUCAGGUUUGAUGGUUUGGGUCUCUCUUCCUCCUCCCAAUUCAUUCAAACCUUAAUCUCCCCUCCGGAUACAAUUGGGCUAAAUUCAAUUAAUAAGGCAGAGUUUUCAUUAUAUGGUGCAAUGAUAUGUGAUGUGAUUUGGAAGUUAAGAAUCGAAGUUCAAUUUGAGGGAGUAUCUCCAAAUUUGGAUGAGAUUUUGUUAAAGAUAUCCAGAUCUGUUGCAGAGUUUAGGAAGGUUCUUGAUAUUCCGAUGGGGUCAACAAGCAAUAAGAUCCAAUCAACUUGGUCUAAACCAGAUAGGAACACUAUUAAGAUCAAUGUAGAUGCUACUUGCAACAUUGUGGGUUCAUCCAUUGCAGUUGUAGCUAGAGAUUGGAGAGGGGAUGUGGUGUUUGCUUGUUCUAAAAGAGUGAACACCACACUCCCUCUCCAAGCAGAGGCUGAAGCUAUAAUCUGGGCCCUUCACUUGGCAGCAAACUUGGAUGUUAACUCCGUUUCCAUCAAGAGUGACUCAAAGUCUUGCAUUGAUGCGCUGAAUUGUCCUAACUGGGAUGUUCCUUGGAGAAUAAAAACCAUCUGCUCUGAUGUUUUAGCCUUAAAAUUGAAUUUCUCUAAUUGUAGUUUCAGUUGGGUGGCUAGAGAAGCAAAUGUUGCUGCUCAUGUUUUAGCCAAGUGGUCUUUGUCAAACAACUACUUUGGCUCUUUUGAUGUGGGGCUAGGGCCUCCUUGCUUUGUUUCUGUUAUUAGAGCCAAGGCUCUCUCUCUACCUGUGUAG